AUGUGUCGCAAACCAUUGACAAUAUUUUUCAUCUUUCUUCACACGGGUAUUGCGCUCUACCGGGCGGACGGCGAAAGGGACGACCCUGGCUCUGCAGGUGCUCCGACCGUGUGCCAGUCUCUGGGACUCAGCGGCCGCUUGGCCGUCGUCACCGGGGGCGCGAGUGGAAUCGGCAGGAGCGUCUGCAUGGUGCUCGCACGGGAGGGCGCCACAGUCGUCUUGGCAGACAGGAACAGAACGGGCGCGAGUGAGAGCAUAGAGAUGCUGCGAGAAUCAUACAACGGGGAUCACCGGGCCAUAUACGUGGAAGUCUCCAAUUCGACCGCUGUCAGCAAUUUGUUUGGAGAGAUCAAGUCUUCCUUUCCAGGAAGAAAGGUCAGCGUCGUGGUGAACUCAGCAGGCAUCCUGGGACCGCCAGAGCCCAUUGAGGAGACGAGCGACACAGACUUUGACGAUGUACUUGCCACCGACUUAAGGGGAACGUUCUUGAUAAACCGAGCGUCGGUGAGGCACAUGCUGGCUAACAACGUCACGGACGGCACCAUCGUGAACAUCGCGAGUGACCUCGCGACAAUAGGCUCUGCUGAACUCCCUUCCUAUUCCGCCUCCAAGGGCGGCGUCGUCUCCCUCACCAAGGCAGUGGCCCUCGAAGUGGCCACUAAGGGCAUCCGUGUCAAUGCCAUUCUGCCGGGUCCCGUCGAUACGCCUAUGCUCACCAACCUACCCGAAGAAAAGGUGGCCUCUUUCGACAAGUCAGCGAUGUUCAAGCGCAGGGCAAGGCCUGAGGAAAUAUCCGAGACGAUUGCGUUCAUGUGCAGUCCUAAGAGUAGCUUCAUGACGGGAGCUGCCAUCGACGUAACGGGAUGA